AAAAUUACAACCAAAUUACAAUGCUUUCACGAUUUGGGGCUUAAUUUUAUUAAUGUAAUGUGCUCUCUUUAGAGGUUUCCCAAUUUUUGGCGGGAAGUCAAGGGCUCUAGAGUGCCAUCGUCAUCUCUAAUGGCAACUGAAACAUAGCAGACACUGAACGAAUUUUAACAAAACAAAUAGGUUUAGCUGCCCCUUGAGAAAGCUUCCCGACAUUUAGACAUCCCAACGAAAAUUCCCAGUAGCAAAACACCAAUGGAUGCGACGUGGUGGCUUCUCCAUUUAAGCAGGGCAAUGGAGCAGCUGCUGGCUGCAGUUGAGCUGAAUCGUAGCCAGAGCGAGGCCACCACAUCAACGGCCACGACAACCAUAUCGAUCUGGAGCGCCCCCUCGCAAGGCAGUGGCUCCAGUUCUAUGGACCCUGUCUCCUUUCGGUUCCGCUUGGACGGGCAGCCCAUAUUGCCACCGCUGAUGACGAGCGCUAAGAGACGCGAGGUGCAGCUGGCCCGCCAGAUGGCGGAAAACCUGGAGGAGCAGUACCGCCUGACCAGACACUCGGCGGGAUCCGACAUGGCCAGUCGGAGAAGUCUGUCGCAGCUGCAGCAGACAGAGACCCUCAUCUAUGACAGCACACGGGGGCAGGCUCGGCCGCAGACUCUGGUCUUGGGCAUACAGCUGCCCACCAUACACGUGGAUCCUCCCACGCCUCAGCCGCUUGUGGAGCCAGUAGGCAACACUUCCCCAAGACGACAUAAUCGCAUUACCGAUCGUAUCCUGCAGUUCGAGCAGUCGGGUCUGGGUAAGCUGCUGCCCAAAGUUCCAGACAAGAGGAUCUUGCGCACAAGUCCUGCGUUAGCCGAAGACCAGCGAAUGCAGCAUCAGGAUACAAGGUCAAACAAGGUCGGAGGUCCAACCGCAGAACCAGCUAGUUUUCAGCGCUCGAGAAGUUUCACCCUGGAGGAGCCCUCCCAGGUUCUCGUAGAGCACAUGCAGAGGGAGGCCCUGGCUCUGAAGCCCAGCCAGAGUUUGGCCAACUUCCAGAGGCAGACAAUCGAGUCUCAGGCCAAGCGGGUGAACCGUAGUGCUAGAAGCAUCAGCAGCAACAACAGCAACAAUAGUAACAAUAGCAACAAUAGCAACUCUAGCCGCACAACGAAGACCAUCGUCACUAGCACCACAGCCGCCGGUAGCAGCUGCUCCAGGCGUGAUCGAGAGGUGGAGCGUAUAAUUGAACGGGCAAUAGACGAGCACGGCGCUUUGGAAGCCAGUCGGAAGGCAGGAGUGCGUAACUAUCUGCGUGGCCAUCGGGAGCGGAUGAAUCAAUUGGUCAUCCACCAGGAGGAGGAACGUCGUCGCAUGCAGGCCCAAUUCUAUAAUCAGCAGCGGCUGCUUAUAGAGGAACUGUGUGCUGAAAUCGAUGUUUCCUCGGGCACCGAAAAUCCAGACGGUCUCAUGUCGCAAAGCACCAGUACGGGAGACCUGCAGCGUUUCUCACCCGCGCCCACCAUGUCCCCCUUUUCAUAUGCCACGCCGCGCAGCUACCAGGAUGUGAAUGAUUUUCUGCCGAUGGCGGAGGACAUGUGCCAAAUGGCGUCUCCUUCUUCCGUUCGGAAGAGGCUUUUUAGUCCGAAACUAACACAGGACUACGACUCGGAACCGCAGCCACUGGAGGAGGUCAGUGCUCCCAGCACACCGCGAUUAUUGCCCCUCAGGAACAGCAGCUUAACCAAUAGCAAACGAAGUGGCCAAGCUGUCCGCCGACGAUCGCAAACUGUUGGCAGUAGUCCCCGGAAAACGACCCCCCCUGCAGACCACGUGGUGAUGAAAUCACCAGCGAAGCCUGAUGGUGGAGCAGGACGACCGAAGAGUUCCCCGGUGAAAAAUAGCUCCACUAUAGCGAAAAGGGGAAGCCCACAACCAAAAAGAGCUUCACCAAAAAGCGUCUCACCGCCCAAGCGACAGGGCAAUAAACACGUCGACCUGGAGCAGGAAGAGCGCCAGUGGGCGGCCACACGUAUAAAUGCAGCUGUACGAGGAUUCUUGGUCCGCCGGCUUUUUGCAACCGAGCAAGUGCAGCGAAUUGUCCAAACCAUCAGGGACACCCUGAUCUUCGUGUUGAACCUACACCUGGAAACUUGUGGACAUGGCCUGGAUGCAGAGGAGCCUGCAAACUUGCGCCUCAAGGCGCGCCUGCUUCAACAGCUCUGCUCCGCCAGUCGCACCCUGCACCUGAUCUUCUUCCAGACCAGCAUAAAGGACCGCAUGGAAAUCAUCGCCCGGGAUCGCAAGCGGAUCAAGACCAAACUGCUCCUCAAACAUCGCUGAUCCGACUCGGAAUCGGAAUUGGCACAUCUUAACUUUAUUUAGGUAUUCCUCUUCCCCUUUCUCACCAAACAUCUACGUUUUUAUUAUUUUUAUUUAA